UGUUUGUGCAAGGUGUUUCUUUAAAAUAAGUUUUAAUUAGUUUGAAUUAUCUCAUUUCUAUUUGCUCUACCACAUUGAAACUCAAGAGGAGAUUCCCGUAAACCUUUACAUGUUAUCGUUGCUUCGAAAAUAUUCAAACCGCAAAUCAGUUGGAUAUCGACUACAGCAGCACGUUACCAGCAGUAUGAAUCCUCGGAUUGAUACGCUCAAGUGUCUCUUCUUGAAGGCCGUUGAUUCAGUCAAACCAAAGGCUCUAUUUGAAUCAUUCCUGCAUAAUGAAUACAUCACCAAACAGCUCCAGAUUGCGAAUAAACGCUACCACGUUGUGGGUUUCGGUAAAGCGGUCCUCGGUAUGGCAGUUCAGAUGGAACGGAUGCUCGGCGAUAGGUUGGUUAGCGGUUGCAUUAGCAUUCCAGUUGGUACUCUGCAACGAUUUAAAAAUGAUGCCGAUUUCCAACUGAAUAGCACCACGAAAAUAAACAUCAUCGAAUGUGCUCGGAAUAAUCUUCCCGACGAUAAGGCAGUGAGUGCAGCUCAAACCAUCAAAUCACUCGCAGAAAGAAUGACUUCGGACGAUGUUUUAUGUGUGUUGGUGUCCGGCGGAGGAUCUGCGUUGCUUCCACUGCCAAAGGCUCCAAUUUCGCUAGAAGAAAAAUUAGCUGUGAUAAAACUGCUCGCUUCGACUGGUGCAGCGAUUGACGAACUGAACGUUGUUAGGAUCCAAUUAUCAGAUGUUAAAGGAGGAAAGUUGGCUGCAGCAGCAAAUAACUCGCACAAAUUGCUGUGUUUCAUAAUUUCGGAUAUAGUUGGCGAUCCCAUUCCAUUAAUUGCGAGUGGUCCGACUAUCGGAAGUAGUGUUAACAACCGAGAUGCAUGGAGUAUUCUAGAAAAGUAUCACUUGGACGAUAAGGUUCCUCAGUCGGUUGCCAAAAUGCUAACCCUUCCAGAUUCAGAACCGCUUAAAACUCCUGGUGAUAUUCAUCUUAUCGGUUCGAAUGAACUUGCAAUCGACUGUAUCAUCAAUAAUAUUCCAAAAACUGAAAUCCUUGCACUGCCACUAACUUCGGGUGUUCAAGGAAAUGUAAUAUAUCUGAGUCAAGCGUAUGUUGAAUUGGCAACUGCUAUCAGAAAAUUUCAGAGCAAAACUAUUGAGGCACACAAUUUCACGAAAACCAUCACCCAGAUAGGCAAAAUUCUCAAUCUAAAUUCAAAAGCUAAUGACAUCGUUGAGUUCCUGUCCGCUAAUCCUGGCAAGGACUUGCUGAUUGUGGCUGGUGGUGAGCCAACAGUGGUUGUGAAAGGAAACGGUCUCGGAGGUCGGAAUCAGGAGCUGGCAUUGAGAUUUAGUUUGGAGUGCCAUCGACGUGGAGAGUCAUUGAGCGAUGUGAUGCUACUCUCGGCUGGCACGGAUGGAAUCGAUGGACCAACGGAUGCUGCCGGAGCAAUUGGAGGGGCCGAUGUUGUGAAGAAGUUUCUUUCGUUGGGCAGUCCGAAGCGAAUCGAGGAGUUUUUGGAGAAUAACGAUUCGCAUAGUUUCUACCGACUGGUGGAUGAUGGUGGGUAUCACAUUGUGACUGGGCAUACAGGGACUAAUGUAAUGGAUAUUCAUAUGUUGUACAUACCAUGGAAACGAUAGUAAAAUAAAUCGUUAAA